CGGGGCCACGGGGCGACAGGGAAGCGAGAGAGGAGACACGGGCGCUCCCCAUCCGCCUCGGCUACACACACACAGGGAGACACAGGGAGACACGCGGAGACGAGACAGACACACAGGGAGACACGCGGAGACGAGACAGACACACAGGGAGAGACGCGGAGACGAGACGGACACACAGAGACAGACACACAGAGAGACACGCGCGGCUACGCAGGCGGAGACGGCGCGGGCACCUGACAUGGCCAACAUGGGCUUCGGGGGGUUCGCGUGCGCCAAGAACGCGCUGUGCGUGCUCAACCUGCUGUACAUGGUGGUGGGGCUGCUUCUCAUCUGCGUGGCCGCAUACGCCAAGGGGAUCGGAGUGGUGUCCAGCAUCCAGAUCAUCGGUGGAGUCAUCGCCGUGGGCUCCUUCCUCUUCCUCAUCUCCAUCCUGGGCCUCGUGGCGGCGGUGCGGCACCACCAGGUCCUGCUCUUCUUCUACAUGCUCAUCCUCAUCGUGCUCUUCCUCGUGCAGCUGAGCGUCUCCUGCGCCUGCCUGGCUCUCGACCGCAUCCACCAGAUAAACCUGCUGCACAUCGGCUGGAACAACGCGUCUCCCGCCACGCGCAACGACAUCCAGACGCACUUCCACUGCUGCGGAUUCAACGACACCGCGCAGGCCACUAACUGCACCAAGGGCUCUUCUCCAUGCCUGGACGUCUUGCAGAGUUUCUCGGAGCAGGUGCUGCAGGUGGCGGGCGGCGUGGGCCUCUUCUUCUCCUUCACCGAGAUCGUCACCGUGUGGCUCACCUGGCGCUUCAGGAACAUGAAGGACCCGCAGGCCGAUCCCAACGCCUUCCUCUAGCCGAGCGUCGCCUCUCCAGUCCACACCCCGGCACUCCCCCUCUCCUCUCCUGCCCCCCUUCCCCCGGCCCCCCUCCCCCGCCUCCCCACCACGACUCGUAUUUGCCAGCGCCGUGCCGCUAAACUGCCUUUGCUCGAUGUCAACCGCGCACGCGCGUGCGAGGAGUUGUUUGGCGGCGCUCGGGGGAAGCCGAUUCUCCGGCCUCGCCACUGCGCUGCCACUCCUCUCGCAACGCCCUCAUCAAAAGUUGCUCGUGGCGCUCGCUCGAAGGACGAGCGAGUCAUCACGAGCACGCGAUAACACACGCGUGCGCACUCACAUCCGCAGACAACCCAGUAAUUCUGGAACGUUGGACCAACGUUGGCAUAUUUACUGGGAAGCGGACACACACACACUAACGCACACACACGCAUAUGCAUGUAUACAUGCACGCACACAAGACAAAAAUCCCCUGUAUAGCCUUAACAGACUUGGGGCAAGUGCUGGUAGCGAGCACCUAUGAAGGCCGACAUGGCACAUGAAGGCGAUGGGUGGCCAGCACCACGCCCGGCCGCCUUUGUAUCCCGAGUGGCAAUGUUUACACACCACACCAGGUACUCAUUUAAGGCGGAGUUCACAUGGGGAAGGCCCAGGAACGGUUUAGAUAAUCGUCACUGAUGUUGGCCACGAGCGGGAAUCGAACUCGGGUCGCCAGGUUCGAAGCGCGGCGUGCUAACCACUGAGCCACCGCUCCUCAUACGUGCACAUGUACACACAUACUAAAGGUCACUUUCCUGGUCCCAUUGGUUCUCACCUUGUUAAACAAAAUAAACUUCACUAAAGCACACACACGCAAUGAAUAGUACACACGCACACACACCUAACCACCACGCACGUACACACACAUGCGCACAUGCACAUUGACCUCUCUCUGAGCUUGGUUCACACCUUCUUUCACCCCAAUCAAGUCCUCUGAAGGCAUCAUGCAGAUGGCACUAUGCCCGGGCCGCCUUUGUCUCUCCAGCACGUCAUGUUUAUUCACUAUAGCAGCUAUUCAUGUACUUAUUUGCACACACUCUUACGCAUUCACACGCUAAGCACACACACACAUACACACUGAGUACACAUGCACACACUAAGUAUACACGCGCAUGGGCCCAGACAAAAGGCAGGUCGGCAACUUUAGAAGUUCACAUCCGUGAUGUUGGGUGGGGGGGGGUGAGACAAAUGCGAGUGUUGGGAGGAGGGCAGGAGGGGGAGGUAGGAUGAGCCUCACCAUCCCAGAGGGUGAGGGCAGUGGUGUAACUACAUCAUCAGCUCAGGGGGUGCUGCAAACCGGUUAGGUGGGGCCCCCAACAGCGUAAACAACAUCUCGUGGUGGUUGUCAAGGGGGCCCCCAACUGGUACCUUUGGCCACCAGGAGGCGUGGGCAAGGCACCCCGUGCCCCCACGCUCGUUACGCUACCUGGGUGAGGGCACCGAUGAUCCCGGUAGCGUCUCGCCCACAAUGAUGUUGGCGAGCCAGGCUGCCGGGCAGAGUGUGGGGGCUGCCAGUCUCAUUGUUACAGUGGGUGAGAUGGGGAGCAUUCGGAAGCUGUCCGUGACCACCGAUAGUAAAGGAGUGAGAGUCGUUGAAGGAAAUUAAUCUGAGUCACGUGACCGAUCCACAAAUGAUAGCGUUGUAGGGCGAGGAUCCGUCGGACACGGUGGUUGGUGACCUCCACGUCACUUGGACUCGGGGCUGGGUGGAGCGAUCUCGACACACGGGGUAGGGAGAGGGGUUACAUAGAGACGGACACAGAAGGGUGCCGUGGUGGCGAGAUGUUAACUACCUCGCCUGGUAUACAGGAGGUCGUGGGCUCGAUCCCGAUCUUGACGUCUGUAUAUUUGGAGUUUGCAUGGUCUCCCCGUCAUCGUGUGGAUUUUUCUCCGGAUCAUCCGGUUUUUCCCUUCCCACUUAGAAACGUGCGUUUAGAGUAUUUGGCUGCUAUAAAUUCCCACGUGAUAAGCCACUUGGUUGAGCUAUCAUUUGUGGCCAGGUCGCUUCUGAAAAAGAGCUACGUAGCUCGGUGGGCCUUUCCUGGUCAAAUAAAAAAAUAGAGACAGAGCGGGUGGACACACGAGACAGACAAAAAACGACAUUAAGAGAGACGCAGAUAGACGGGUACAGACACUUUUGGAGCUUCGUAAAUGAGUGAACGCGCCAUCCACACCUGUACAGACAUCACUGGCCCAGAGGGGCCCUGAGUGACCCUGAGUGACCCCGAUGGCGAUGGGCCCUGAGGGGCCCUGAGGGGCUCUGGGGGCCGGAGGGAGCCGGGCCAGGCUCGGUGGCCCCUCGGUUCCAUUCCUCAGCAUUCCAACACCAGCUCCAUCAACGGAAUCCACAUUCACCCCUCUCUGAUCGUGACUGUCACCAACAGACGACAUCAUCUGCAGAUCUCAGUUUUAACCUGUUUGGAGAAUAUUGUGAUGAUUUAUUCUUGACGUUUUUUCUAUAAUACCGUAGUAAUAAUAAUGAUAAUACUGUAACAAUACGGUAACAAUACUAGUUAUACCGAUACCGUAGUAGUGCUGAUGAUGGUAAUAAUAACUGUAAUCCUUUAAUUUAACAGAUCUCCCCCCCCCCCGACCGCCCAGUGAACAUGAAACGUUGGGCCGACGUUGAUCCAACAAUUCCAACCACGUGCCCACGCUGGCCGAACGUCGGCACGUCCACUGGGCACUAGCAUGAAGCGUGGCUUUUGUUUUGUAACGGCCGGGCGUGCUGCCCGUAGCGACCCGACCGUGCUGGCGCUCGAUCGCACGAUUCGGAGGCCUCUUGCGGCGGUCGCCCUGGGCCUCGCGCUCUCACCACGGGGGGGGGGGGGCAGCCGGGACGGUGACGCGUGGCGCACGCGCACGUGAGGAUCUGUGGUUUUGACGCGCACGUGAGGAUCUGUGGUCUUCACGUAGCGGACAACUCGAUCCACCCAACUCCGGCUUCCCCCCUCUCCCCUCCUUGUCUACCGGCUUGCUUCACGCCGUCCACUCGUCAAUCUCAAGCCACUCAUGACGGCCUUCGGUGCCCUCGAGUGAAGUUGUUUGAGUAAGUUCCCGAGUAGUGACUUUGGCAGCGUGUGUUGGCCGUCCGUUACCGAAAGGCCGCGUGCGCGUGCGUGCGCGUGCGUGCGUGCGCAUCCCCCGAGGUAGCGACGCGGUUGCCGUCGAGUGCAAGUUCGAGCGCGCGUAGGGUGUCAUCAGCAGCAGCAGCGCGUUUCGAUUUGUGUUGUUGAGAACACGCCACGCAUUUCAGGUGUCGCCGGUCGUGUUUAUAGGCGUGUGUGUGUAAAUACCGCUAGGAGUGUCGGCGCGUUUGUUAGUAUUUAUUAAAUCCACUUAUUUAAGGCAA